AACCGCGUCUUCGUUAUCUGCAACCUAUUGCCAUCCAUGCCACUCACUCACUGUUGAUAAACAUUGUAGAGCAGUUAAUUCUGUUGUUUGUUUCAAUUACGUAGGAGCCUUUUAUAGAGCAGCAGUGUCAUGGCAGGUUAAAACUUGAGUGCCCCCAUUUACCCAAAAAGUCCCAAUUUUUUCCGGUCCUUAUAACUACUUUGCACGGUUCCUGUUGCUGGGAAUCCAUUGAUCUCCAUUUAUCAAUGAAUUCAAUUUACCAAGUGGAUGACUUGGUAAAGGAAUACCUCCUGUUUAGGGGAUUCAACAGCACAUUUCGUGCAUUGGAGUUAGAGAGUCGAGCAGAUAGAGACAAGGGAUUUCAGGUCGAUAAGAUCAUCGAAGAGCUUUUUGGCUAUGUACAAACCAGUGAUAUCACCAAUUUGCUGGAAUCCUGGCGGUACUUGGAUACCCGAUACUUUUCAAGACUCGACAGUCGAUUCCAGCGAACAGUCAAAAAGUUCGAGCUAUGUUUAUUACGAUAUUAUUUAGUCCAUGCUAUGCAGGUCAAGAGACGAGAUAGGGUCAUCGAGUUCUUCGAUGUCUAUGGCGCUGAAUUGCAUGAAAACUCGGAAUGGUUGAAAUGGUUCGCCUUGCCGUAUUCCAAAAACCCAACCACCGACCCUGCUUUUGAAACCUUCUUCUCAAAACAAUGGCUAGAUAAUUAUAUUGUGUCACUUCACAACUUCCUGAACACCAUCUUUCAGAAUAUGCCCCUCCCAAGUCUGUUGACUCUCAACUUAGAUAAGAUUCAGAAAAAGGCACAACAGACCGAGAUAGACGCAUUGAAAGCUUCAGUAGAAACUCUAAAGGCUAAUAUGGAAACAUUGGAAGGAGAGAAUCUAUCGCUGAAGCAGAAGUUAACAGAGACCAAGAAAGAAAUGACAGACGGCAUGACAAGGAUGCGAAGGCGUGCAGUAUCAAUGGUGGAUUCAAAGACUCGGACGUCGGUAGCUAGCCCUGAUUCCUCCAGCAAAACAGAGACCCGCAGCCGAAGGAAAACAACGCAAUCACUGUCACUGUCGAUACCCGAAGACGAUGGUAUUAGCGGACCAUCUACAUCAGAAUCGCUAUCGGACAGCAAUGAAGCAUUUCUGAUUACCACUCAGGAAGAGUUUUUUGAGCAUACAUCUGGCAUCACACAUGCAAAGUUUUCCAGCAAUGGCUCAACCAUUGCAAGUUGUGAUAUGGACAACAUUAUACGAACGUGGUCUUAUCAGGAUCAACUCUCUAACCCAUCUAAAAUCAAAAACGCUGCUAAUGUGCUGUCUCUUGAAUGGGAGGCGCGAUCUGAUAAAUUGUUAUUGAUAGGAACCGAUUCUGGGCUCAUUCGAGUCUAUAAUACAGAAUCACAAUCCAUCGUGCAGACGUUCCGAACCGAUGAGAAGCUACCAAAAGUGACUCAGAUAUCGUGCAGUCCAGCAGAAUCCGUGUUUGUGAGUGCUGCAUCUAACGCUACCUAUGGAACGCAGGGUGCAUCGACCGGUAGCUUGAUAUCUUGGAACCUGAAGACAAUGCAGAAGCAGCAAACAUUUGAAUUGGAAGGCUCAGAAGCCUCAUCCAUUAUCAACACUGUUCAAUAUAAUCACAAUGGUCAAUUACUUGUUUCUGGAAACGAUCAAGGCUUUAUUAGGAUAUUUGAUGCGAGAACGAUAAAGCCCAUCAUGGAGUGGAAGUCAGAAGCCCAAGUUGCCACGUGCUUUGCACAGUUCAGUUUUGACGAGACAUCGAUCAUGGAUGUAUCCGCCAACGGCAUGCUUACGCAAUGGUCUGUCCAUAAGCCUGGCGUAUCGCUCUCAUCUGUCAAAUUGACAGGAUUCCCACCACCGUCUCCUUUCAGUAUGCCGACACCGCAAUCACCCAUUGAUAUCCCAGGCAACCUAUCACCCUCCACCAUCGAUAUACCCAAACCACGAGUUUCGUCCUCCUCGGCAUCUCGCAGAUCCGUUUCAUCCAUGCGAUCGGGCCGCUUACCGUCUGUGGACGAUACAUACACCCAAACCUUGUUGUCCGUAUCCCCUCGCCCUCAAAUGGUAGCGUUCAGUCAUGACACCGAGCACGUCCUUUGCGCCGCCACAGCCACGAAACGAGCAGACAGCCCAGUGGUGGGCAUGGUGUACCAAGUGGCCCAGGGAGAACCGGUUCAACAAAUUGCAGCGACGCAAAACGAGAAACUCACCGUCGUUGACUGGACGAGUGCCGCCAAUGCCUGCCUGACAGGAACAGCCGAUGGUAGUAUCCGAGUCACAAAGUUGAUUCGAGUGUAGACGUUUGUCUAGUGGCAUACGCAUAAGAUAUGUUCUAUAAUAGCCAUUCUAGCCGACUUUUGCUAUAUUUAUUUGUUUGUUCUUCUUUUGAUCUGGAAGGAUUUUUUUUUUU